AGCCUCGGAGCUGCCUCAGUCUGCAGCGGGCAGCAGAGGAGUCGCGUCGUGCCAGAGAGCGCCGCCUUGCUCCUGAGCCCCUCGCGCUCCGCCCCCGCGGCCCACCGACCCACUGCCCCUUGGAUCCCCUGCCCUAAGCCGCCACCAUGAACUACCUGCGGCGCCGCCUGUCGGACAGCAACUUCAUGGCCAAUCUGCCGAAUGGGUACAUGACAGACCUGCAGCGCCCGCAACCGCCGCCGCCGCCGCCCUCGGCCGCCAGCCCUGGGGCCACGCCCGGCUCCGCGACUGCCUCUGCCGAGAGGGCCUCCACAGCUGCUCCAGUGGCCUCUCCAGCAGCCCCUAGUCCUGGGUCCUCGGGGGGCGGCGGCUUCUUCUCGUCGCUUUCUAACGCGGUCAAGCAGACCACAGCAGCCGCAGCCGCCACCUUCAGCGAGCAGGUGGGCGGUGGCUCUGGGGGCGCAGGCCGCGGGGGCGCCGCCGCCAGGGUGCUGCUGGUCAUCGACGAGCCGCACACCGACUGGGCAAAAUACUUCAAAGGGAAGAAGAUCCAUGGAGAAAUUGACAUUAAAGUAGAGCAAGCUGAAUUCUCUGAUCUCAAUCUUGUGGCUCAUGCCAAUGGUGGAUUCUCUGUGGACAUGGAAGUUCUUCGGAAUGGAGUCAAAGUUGUGAGAUCUCUGAAGCCAGACUUUGUGCUGAUCCGCCAGCAUGCCUUCAGCAUGGCCCGUAAUGGAGACUACCGAAGUCUGGUCAUUGGCCUGCAGUAUGCUGGAAUCCCCAGUGUUAACUCUUUGCAUUCUGUCUACAACUUCUGUGACAAACCCUGGGUGUUUGCCCAGAUGGUUCGACUACACAAGAAGCUUGGAACAGAGGAAUUCCCUCUGAUUGAUCAGACUUUCUAUCCUAAUCACAAGGAGAUGCUCAGCAGCACAACGUACCCUGUGGUUGUGAAGAUGGGCCACGCACACUCUGGGAUGGGCAAGGUCAAGGUAGACAACCAACAUGACUUCCAGGAUAUUGCAAGUGUUGUGGCACUGACUAAGACAUAUGCCACCGCUGAGCCCUUCAUUGAUGCUAAAUACGAUGUGCGUGUCCAGAAGAUUGGGCAGAACUACAAGGCCUACAUGAGGACAUCGGUGUCAGGGAACUGGAAGACCAAUACAGGUUCUGCUAUGCUUGAGCAGAUUGCCAUGUCUGACAGGUACAAGUUGUGGGUAGACACGUGCUCAGAGAUUUUUGGGGGACUUGACAUCUGCGCAGUGGAAGCGCUGCAUGGCAAGGACGGAAGGGAUCACAUUAUUGAGGUGGUGGGCUCCUCCAUGCCACUCAUUGGUGACCACCAGGAUGAAGACAAGCAGCUCAUCGUGGAACUUGUGGUCAACAAGAUGACUCAGGCUCUGCCUCGGCAGCGGCAGCGGGAUGCUUCCCCCGGCAGGGGCUCCCACAGCCAGACUCCAUCCCCAGGAGCCCUGCCCUUGGGCCGCCAGACCUCCCAGCAGUCUGCUGGACCUCCUGCUCAACAACGACCCCCACCCCAGGGAGGCCCUCCACAGCCAGGCCCAGGACCUCAGCGCCAGGGACCCCCGCUGCAGCAGCGCCCACCCCCACAAGGCCAGCAACAUCUUUCUGGCCUUGGACCCCCAGCUGGCAGCCCUCUGCCUCAGCGCCUACCAAGUCCCACCGCAGCACCUCAGCAGUCCGCCUCUCAGGCUACACCAAUGACCCAGGGUCAAGGCCGCCAGUCGCGGCCAGUGGCAGGAGGCCCUGGAGCACCUCCAACAGCCCGCCCUCCGGCCUCCCCAUCUCCACAGCGUCAGGCAGGGGCCCCACAGGCUACCCGUCAGGCAUCUAUCUCUGGUCCAGCUCCACCUAAGGCCUCAGGAGCCCCGCCCGGAGGGCAGCAGCGCCAGGGCCCUCCCCAGAAACCCCCAGGCCCUGCUGGCCCCACUCGUCAGGCCAGCCAGGCAGGUCCGGGACCUCGCACUGGGCCUCCUACAACACAGCAGCCCCGGCCCAGCGGCCCAGGUCCUGCUGGACGUCCCACCAAACCACAGCUGGCCCAGAAACCCAGCCAGGAUGUGCCACCACCCAUCACCGCCGCUGCCGGGGGACCCCCGCACCCCCAGCUCAAGUAAGGGGACCUCUAUAGCAGCCUUGACCUUUGCUGCUCAGAGUACACUGGCCCCAGUAGGGCAUCCCCAGAUCUCAUUUGCCUGAGAACUCGUGCCAGACUGGGCCAAACCCCUUCUGUGUCAAUCCCAGCAGUUGAGGGAAGAAUCCCAGCAUCUCCACUUCCAGUUCAGGCUCCUCCCUACAGGCCCUGGGAAAGUCCCCCUUCCAGACCUCUGGCCCAUCCCAGUAGCUACUUCCAGUACCUCCCAUCAGAUCUCUCAUCAUCACCCCGCCCGCCGGCCCCAGCCAUCCCUGACCUCCCUCAGGUCAACUUGUAGUCAGCCUUCCAUCAGUCACUCUUUUCAACCUUUCCUCAAGCCUUCCCUAAUAUUCUAGACUGCUUUCUGGUCCAUUCCCAGACCCUCCAGCCACUUCAAAUUCUCACAGAUCAUCAUCCCAUCCUUUCUGCUUCUCCUUGUCCAUUCUGUCCCCCUAGCCCUAAGCGCAAAAGUUUUCCCUGUUCCCCACCUGCACCCGUCUGCUCCCCCCUCAGACUGGCUUAUCUCCAACUAGACUUCCCCUAGCCCAGACUCCUCCUUACCUUUGGCCUCCCUUCAUCGCCAUAUCAAACUGGCCUAGAAUGGGGCCAAGGAAUCUCCCCAUUAAACCACAGCACUUUAUCUUGUACCUAAGCCCCCUCAGCUAACCCCACAUCCUCCCCAGUCUCAGCUUCACCACCCUUGAGAAUCCAUCAGGGUUCAGGGCCAUGCUCGGGGGUGGGAAGGUCACAGGCACAGCCCCAGGAUCAGAGGGGCAGGGCUGGGGCCGGGCCGAGGGUAACAUUGUGUUUCUCUCCCCUCCUCCCCUUCCUCUCCCCCCUUCCUCCCAUGCCUCCACCUUGUCUCUCUCUAGCAAAUCCCAGUCUCUGACCAAUGCCUUCAACCUUCCAGAGCCAGCCCCUCCCAGGCCCAGCCUUAGCCAGGACGAGGUGAAAGCUGAGACCAUCCGCAGCCUGAGGAAGUCUUUCGCCAGCCUCUUCUCCGACUGACACCCCACUCUGAGAACCCCUAAACCCCUAGACAAACCUCUCCGGGUCCUGAGUCCAUUUCUCACUUUUGGAAUCUCCAAAUCCCUUGAGAACCCCUCUCCUGGUUCUCCUAGAUCCUACUUCUCAUUCCUCAAGAUGUCCCUUGAGAAACCUGGUCCUAAAUCCAGUUCUCACAUUUGGGAAUCCCCAAGUCCAUUUAGAAUCCUGUUCCUGGUCACCGCCAGAUCUGUUUUAGAACCUCCAAAUUCCUGAAGACCUCUACGUCUGGUAUCUCUAAAGAGUGAUUCCCUCCCUGAAAGUUCCUGAAUGGCAGAAAAUCCUGUUUCUGACCUAAUCCUCUCCUGAAGCUCCGAAAUUCCUGGAAAAGCCUAUUCUACUCUUGGUCCUGAAUCUCUCCAGCACACCUUGCUCCUAAUCAGAAAAUUCCAAUUCUGUAAGAAGCCCCAUCCUUAAACCUCUUUCAUAGAUCAUCUCUCUGGAGAUCCACAUCUUCAAAUGUCACCUACCAUUCACCAAUCAGUCCCUUGAGGACUUCCCUUCACCUCUUCCCUUCAAUCCCAUUCAACAUACUGGAAGUCCCUUCCACUUCUAGGACCCCUAAGUUCCCGCCUCCAGAAACUUCCUCCCCAAUUUCCUGCCUCUGACAGCUGUCUUUAAAUAUGCAAACUCCACCCAUCCUCUCAGAAUCCUUUGCACAAGGCAGGCCUGUGGUCUCCUACUCCCUCACCUUUGCCAAUGUGUGUGCGUGUCUGUGACUGACCUGGCCUCCUUUUGUGCCAUGCUUGGCAUAUGUGGUCCUCGUUCGUGCCGCCUGUGGUAAUGCGUACAGUGGCGCUGUUUGUGUGGUCUGCAUCUUCCUCCAACCUCUACUCCUUGCCUGAACUUGCCCCACCCCUCAGCGGCUCUGAACCCCAAGAGAAGAGUCGGGUAGCAAAAUAAACAAGCAAAGGCCCAGCAGAA